AUGGAGUUGGAGAACGGGACUGUGAAGACGGAAUUCAUUCUUCUUGGAUUUAGCAACCAUCCAGAACUUCAGAGUCUUCUUUUUGCUGUGUUCUUUUCCAUCUACUCUGUUACCCUGAUGGGAAACCUUGGGAUGAUUUUGUUGAUCACAAUCAGUCCCCAUUUGCACACCCCAAUGUACUUUUUCCUCUGCCUUCUGUCUUUUGUAGAUGCAUGCUACUCGUCUGUCAUCGCCCCCAAAUUACUUGUGAACCUGUGCUCUGAUGAGAAGGUGAUUUCUUACAAUGGCUGUGCUGCACAGUUAUACUUUUUCUGCUCCUUGGUUGACACAGAGUCUUUCCUCUUGGCUGCCAUGGCUUAUGAUCGAUACAUAGCAAUCUGCAACCCACUGCAUUACACAGUUGUCAUGUCCAAGAGAGUUUGUUGCCAGCUUGCAAUUGGAGCAUUUCUGGGAGGCACCACAAGCUCAGUUAUUCACACCACUAAUACUUUCUAUCUGACUUUCUGCUCUAAAGAAAUUAAUCAUUUCUUUUGUGAUAUCUCCCCACUCUUCUCUCUGUCCUGCACUGACACUUACAUGCACGACAUUAUCCUGGUGGUCUUUGCCAGUUUAGUGGAAGCUAUCUGUCUCCUAGCAGUUCUUCUUUCUUAUAUCUGCAUUAUAGCAGCGAUUCUUAGAACAGGGUCUGCCGAGGGAAGAAGAAAAGGCUUCUCCACUUGUGCUUCUCACCUGAUAGUAGUCACUAUUUACCAUGGUACCCUGAUCUUCAUUUAUUUGCGCCCCAGCACAGGUCAUUCACUGGACACUGAUAAAGUGACUUCUGUAUUCUAUACAUUGAUUAUACCUAUGUUGAAUCCACUGAUUUAUAGUCUAAGAAAUAGAGAUGUCAAAAAUGCCUUUAGAAAAAUGAUUAAUUUGGGCCAAUGCUGUCGCACUGCAGAUUAA